CACUGCACCAUGAACCUCCACCGUCGACUGGGCUGAAAUUCACCGUGAGGGGCCACUCGUUUGGAUUUUUGAGCCCUGUUCUAUAUGGAGUAGGGAAUGAUAAAUUGUUAGCUCGCUCCGCUCUCUCAAUGGCAGCUCCAGUUCCACCCGCAGGCAACGGCAAGCUAGAUCUUGAAAGCCUUGUGACUGAAAGCAGUAAUAUCUCCUUGGAGCAGGAGCAGCUGAGCAAACCCCCACUUGUCUCGCGGGUGGAGGAAGGAGUUGGAGUUGGAGUUGGAGUGUUGAAACGACCGCAAAAAUCACUCUUUUUCUCGGAAAAUCCACUCCAAAAGGCUCAACAGUGCCCCACAAGCGUCGGUGUGGAGAUCAUUCCAUUAUUUUGCACGGAUCUGACAAACGAACGACACUCUCUGAAUAGACAGGCGCCAGAAAUCUGGUUCGAUAAACACUACUACAUGGACAGCACGAACGCUCAGGAAGCCAAGCAGGCAGCAUUGAGGAGCGAGCGUCCCCCUCCCGUCCAUCGCGGAGUAACCUUGCAAAGUGUGGCCACGUUUAAAAAAUGUCUCUCCCCGGGGCCAUAG